AUGGCGAACUUGGAGAACGUCAAUGCGUUCUACCUCUUUGUGAAGGAUCACGGGAAGAAGUACAAGACGGCAGAGGAGAUGCAGGAGAGAUACGUCACUUUUGUAGAAAACUUGGCAAGGAUAAACUCGCACAAUAGUAAGGCAAAAGUUCUAUACAGAAAGGGCAUGAAUCAGUACAGUGACAUGAGCUUUGAGGAGUUCCGAAAGACCAUACUAACUUUGCGAUUUGACUUGACUAAGAAAGUGGCGAAUUCACCCCACAUGAGUGACUACAACGACGUGUUAAAGAAAUACAAACCCGCAGAUGCCGUAUUGGACAAUGAGAAGCAUGACUGGAGAGAACACAACGCAGUGAGCGAAAUAAAAGAUCAAGGCUCAUGUGGCUCCUGCUGGGCUUUCGCAACUGUAGGGGCUGUAGAGUCCCAGUACGCCAUCCGAAAAAAUCAACACAUAUUGAUAAGUGAACAAGAAUUGGUCGACUGCUCUGGUAAAAACUUUGGCUGCUUUGGUGGUGUAGCCACCUUCGCUUUUGACGACAUGAUCGAUUUAGGACACCUGUGCUCAGAAAGUGAAUAUCCCUACGUUGGAUUAAAACCACGCAAAUGUGAAAUCAAGAAAUGCACAGAAAAGUAUACCAUCAAAAGUUACGUUCAAAUUCCGGAGGAGAAAUAUAAAGAGGCUCUCCAAUUCCUUGGACCUCUAACCUUGGAAGUGACUGUCAAUGAGGACUUUUUAGAUUACAAGGAGGGAAUCUUCACUUCGGAGUGCACAGAAGAAACCGACCACGAAGUUAUGAUUGUUGGCUAUGGUGUGCAGGAAAUUUUCAACAGCGAAUUAAAUGCUAGUGAGAAACACUACUACUAUAUUAUUAAGAACUCAUGGGGGGAGACCUGGGGUGAAAAGGGAUUCAUGAGAAUUGAGACGGACGAGUUGGGUGUGAAGAAGACCAACAACUUGAGCGCGGCAUAUAUCCCCGUGCUUGAUUAG